AUGCCUAAUUCAUCUUCAUCUUUCGUUGUCGGGGUUGGCAUGACGCCGUUCCUCUCUCCCAAAAAGUCAGCCAACCUAGCAGCCAACCCGCAGUCAGACUAUCUCGAUCUAGCUGUCGAAGCUUGCGUCAAAGCUCUAUUAGAUGCCGGACUCACCUUUGAUAAGGUAGACCAAGGCAUCGGAUGCUACGUCUUUGGCGACUCAACAUGUGCCCAGCGCGUCUUUUACAGCCUCGGCAUGACGGGUAUUCCCAUCCUCAACGUUCACAAUUACUGCAGCUCUGGUAGCACAGGGCUAUGGCUGGCGAACCAGGCCAUCCGCUCUGGCGACGCAGACUGUGUUCUGGUUGCAGGAUUUGACAAGAUGUAUCCUGGUGUGUUGCCACAGACGCAUAAAGAUCGCACCAAUCCUCUGUCUCGCGUUCUAGACUUGUCCAAGACACAGAUACCCGAGUCUGAGCGCGGCAAACCGUCGCCGGGAUGGAGUCCUCAGCUUUACGGCAAUGCUCAGGCAGAGUAUCUGCAGCGAUAUGGAGGCCCGGGCGGUGCUGAGAGACGAGAUUUUGCACAGAUUACUGCGGUCAACAGAGAACACGGCACACGCAAUCCUUACUCUCAGCUGUCCAAGGCUGUGUCGGCCGAAGAUGUGUUGUCUAGUCCCGUCAUAGCGGGGGAUAUCACACGAUUGCAGUGCUGUCCUUCUUCUACUGGCGCAGCGGCAGCGGUGAUUGUCUCAGAAUCCUUCUUGGCCGCUCAUCCCUAUCUCCGCAGCACCGCCAUUCAGAUCGCCGGCCAGUCUCUGGCUACUGAUUCUUCUAAGCUAUACGAUUCGCGAAGCGCAAUUGAGCUCAUCGGUUCUGAUAUGACACGGAAUGCGGCAAAACGUGCUUAUGAACAGGCGGGCAUCACGCCCAAAGACGUGUCGGUAAUUGAGCUUCAUGAUUGCUUUACUACAAAUGAAAUGUGUGCUAUCGAAGGCCUGGGAUUGGCUGAGGAAGGCAAAGGUUGGAAGCUGGUUCGUGAUGGCCUCAUUACAUAUAAUCCGAAGAAGAAGGGAAAAGGCUGGAUCGUGAAUCCGAGUGGAGGACUCAUCUCCAAGGGACAUCCCCUGGGAGCGACUGGUCUAGCACAAUGUGCAGAGUUGGUCUGGCAUCUUCGUGGAUGGGCAAAGCGCCGGUCCGUUGCAUCAACACGGUAUUGUCUCCAGCACAACAUGGGCAUGGGAGGCGCCACAGUAGUGACGAUAUACAAGAGGAUAGACGGCGAGGUAGCUCCAAGGGUCGAGGACACGAAGCCAGAAGAAGAUGGACGUAGUCGGUUGGGUUAUAAUCCUGCCGAAGAGGCUCGGUCUAUAAGUCGUGAGGAUUGGAAGAGUGUGCUUGCGGAGGGAGAGGCGAGUUCGGCGUGGGCAGCGGCCGAGUUGCCGUGGAACCUGAAUCCUGGAGCGUAUAGCACUAGAGCCAAGUUGUAG